AUGAGCCGCAUAGAUCCACCACACGAUAAAAAGAAGAAGAAGCCAUCACCGGAGACAGAACCUACAUCUAUAUCGAUCCUAUCACUUCCCGACGAUUUGCUGAUAAACUGCAUAUCCCGAGUCUCUAGACUGUACUAUCACAAUCUCCCCCGCGUCUCCAAACGUUUCCGAUCAAUCCUCCGUUCACCGGAUCUUUACGCAACCCGAUCGCGCCUAAACCGCACCGAGAUGUGUAUCUAUCUUUACCUACGAUUCCCUUUUGAUCCUAAAACGUACUGGCUCACUCUAACCCGUCUACCUAGUCGAAACGUAACCAACGGAUCGAGCGGCUAUUACGUGGAGAAAAUCCCAUGUCCAAACUAUUUGCGUCCUGCUCAGUCGUCGACUCUCGUAGCCGUUGGAUCUGAUAUCUACAAGAUCGGUGGCGCUAAUCAUUUGCAUGAAUGCAAAAUAUGGAAGAGGAACUAUUGUUCAAGCGUCUCUGUCCUAGACUGUCGCACUCACACGUGGCGCCAGGCUCCGAGCAUGCAGAUGAAGCGUAACGCAAAUGCCACAGCGACGUUGUUUGAAGGGAAGAUAUAUGUAGCCGGAGGAUGUGAUGAAAAGUACGUGAGUUACCCUAACUGGAUCGAAGCGUUUGAUCUAGAGACACAAACGUGGGGCCCUGUGACGAACCCUCGUGUUUUUAGACUGUGGGAGGAGGAUAGAGUUAAGGGCUUUGAAGCCAAAAGCGUAUCACUUGAAGGGAAGCUCUACAUUUUUGGGGAUGAGUCUGCGGUGUAUAAUCCUGAGGAAGGUAAAUGGUCAGAGUUAGGAAGGGAGAUGUGUCGUAUGCGUAGGGUAGAAAGAGAGUUGUGUCAUUGCGUGAUUGACGAUGUCUUGUUCUUAUGGGAUAAGCAUAGUAGAGUGUUCAAAUGGUAUGACUCCAAGUCAGAUGAAUGGAAAGAUUUGAGUGGUAUUGAAGGGUUGCCAGAACUUUCGCCCGACCCUCAAGUCUGUCAAGUGGCAAUGGUGGAUCUUGGUGGAAAGAUUGGGUUUUUGUGGGAUCAGUAUUUGUAUGAGACCAAUCAGGAGUGUAGGAUCUGGUGUGCUGAGAUUACGCUUGAAAGACGCGAUGGAGAUGAGAUGUGGGGGAAGGUUGAGUGGUUUGAUUCUGUGCUUAGAACCCACGAGUCUUGUUUUUCGUUCCAUGUUGUUUCUGCUUCUGUUUGA